GCACAAAGUCAACACACGCCUACGGUCUAUCUCAUCCUACUCGGUAGAUGACGGUAAAGCUCCCCCGAACUCGGUUCUUCAUCUGCCGGUUACCACAUCGAAGAAGAAGCAGAUUAUUGUCCUAUGAAAUGAGAGCAUGACCAGCAAACACAGCCAGCCACGAGCACCACCCUUAAAAUUGUACAGUUGUUUAUCAUUGUUCCCAAUCCUCAAACAAUCUCUGACAUGAAAGAAUGUCGUCCAACUAAAAACAACGAGGAUUUAACCUGCGGACUGGUCGCUUGGUUUAUGUCUCAUCUCCUAAUUGAUCAGUGAUGAGGAUGCUGGUUCACUCUCACACUGGCUGAACACUAAAAAAGUGAAUGUGGUCCCCUCUGUGGCUCCCUCUAAAGUGCCCGUCAUGGGGAACACGACCACCAAAUUUCGGAAAGCACUUAUCAAUGGAGAUGAAGGCCUGGCUUGGCAGCUCUAUGAGAGUAACCCCCAAUUUAAAGAGGCCCUGGACCCCAACGCAUCUUAUGGGGAGCCCUAUCAACACAACACACCUCUGCACUAUGCCUCACGCCAUGCCAUGACACGUCUCAUCAGGUCUUUCCUUUUUUCCAAAGAUGGCAACCCCAACAAGUGCAACAUUCACAAUGAAACCGCAUUGCACCUGCUGUGCAUGGGCCCACAGAUUUUGCUAGGCGAGGAAGCACUGCAACCGCGGAUCAGCCACCCACAGGAGGAUGAACAGAAGCGAGCCGAGUGCCUCAAGAUGGUCCUGCUGUGGACCGGAGCCAAGCUGGACCAGGGCGAGUAUGAGAGCGUCAAUGUCAACGCCUUGGAUAACAAAAAAAGCACUGGCCUGCACUACGCAGCGGCUGCUGGGAUGAUGAGCUGUGUUGAGUUGUUGGUGAACAGCGAUGCAGAUUUAUUUGUGGAGAAUGAAGACAGGGAAACGCCAUGUGACGCAGCAGAGAAAAUGCAUCACAAGGAGCUGGCACUCCGUCUGGAGUCUCAGAUGGUUUUCUCUCGGGAUGCUGGAGCCCAGGAGGUAGAAGCAGAGUAUGCCGCCCUUGACCGACGAGAGCCACAUGAGGGACUGAAGCUACAGGAUUUGCGGCGGUUGAAAGACAUGUUGAUAGUAGAGACAGCAGAUAUGUUGCAGGCUCCUCUCUUCACGGCUGAAGCGCUGCUACGAGCUCAUGACUGGGACCGUGAGAAACUUCUGGAAGACUGGAUGUCUAAUGCAGAGGACUGUUGUCAACGCUCAGGUGUUCAGAUGCCAACUCCUCCUCCAAGUGGCUACAAUGCCUGGGACACACUGCCUUCACCUAAAACUCCCAGAACAACACGUUCAUCUGUAACAUCCCCUGAUGAGAUCAGCCUUUCACCCACUGACGGCCUUGCCCUGUGUGGGAUUUGCAUGUGCAGCAUAUCUGUAUUUGAGGACCCUGUAGACAUGUCGUGUGGGCACGAGUUCUGCCGGGGGUGCUGGGAAGGGUUUUUAAAUCUGAAGAUCCAAGAAGGGGAAGCACAUAACAUCAUCUGCCCUGCGUAUGACUGCUUCCAGCUGGUUCCUGUGGAGGUCAUUGAAAGCGUGGUCUCCAAAGAGAUGGAUAAACGCUAUCUGCAGUUUGACAUUAAGGCUUUUGUAGAUAAUAAUCCAGCCAUUCGCUGGUGCCCUGUGGCUCGAUGUGAAAGAGCCGUACGACUGACUCGUCCGGGCCCUGGAGCCUCUGACUCUCAGAGCUUCCCUUUGCUCAAAGCCCCUGCUGUAGACUGUGGGAAAGGCCAUCUUUUCUGCUGGGAGUGUCUUGGUGAUGCUCAUGAACCCUGUGACUGUGAAACAUGGAAGAUGUGGCUGCAGAAGGUGUCUGAUAUGAAGCCAGAAGAACUGGCUGGUGUGAGUGAAGCCUAUGAAGAUGCUGCCAACUGCUUGUGGUUACUCAGCAACUCCAAACCUUGUGCCAAUUGCAAGUCCCCCAUCCAGAAAAAUGAAGGCUGUAAUCACAUGCAGUGUGCAAAGUGCAAGUAUGAUUUCUGCUGGAUUUGCCUUGAGGAAUGGAAGAAACACAGCUCCUCUACAGGGGGAUACUAUCGCUGCACGCGCUACGAAGUCAUCCAGCAGGUGGAGGAGCAGUCCAAGGAAAUGACUGAUGAGGCUGAGAAAAAGCACAAGAGUUUUCAGGAACUUGAUCGUUUCAUGCAUUACUACACACGAUACAAAAACCAUGAACACAGUUAUCAGUUAGAAGAACGGCUCCUAAAAACAGCCAAAGAAAAGAUGGAGCAACUGAGCAAAGCUUUUACUGGAAGGGAAGGAGCCGCACCUGACACCACGUUUAUCGAGGAUGGUGUUCAUGAACUUCUCAAGACCCGACGCAUCCUUAAGUGCUCUUAUCCAUACAGCUUCUUCUUGGAGCCAAAAAGCACAAAAAAAGAAAUCUUUGAACUUAUGCAGACUGAUUUAGAGAUGGUGACUGAAGAUCUUGCUCAGAAGGUGAAUAGGCCUUAUCUCCGUACCCCUCGCCAUAAAAUCAUCAGCGCUACGUACCUGGUGCAACAGAAGAGACGAGAGUUCUUGGCUUCUGUGGCUCGAGGCGUUGCCCCAAACGAUUCUCCACAAGCUCCACGCCGCAGUUUUGCUGGUGGGGCUUGGGACUGGGAGUACCUGGGAUUUGCCUCUCCUGAGAUGGUGAGGAAUCACCCAGUACGGGGAUCGAAUGCACAGCGUGAGGGCAAUUACAAUGCAGGAAGCCAGCCACAGGACUACUCAGAGUUUCAAUAUAGACGGAGACACAGACAGCGGCGUAGAGGAGAGCUGCUCAGACUGCACAGCCUCCGCAGUAAUGACCCCAAUGAUGCUUUAGAAACGCACAAUGGAGGGGGUUCACAAAGACAUGAAAUCUCCAUGGCACUUGAGUCUCUAGAUGAGGAUGACCCUAAUAUCCUUUUGGCCAUUCAGCUGUCCCUGCAGGAGUCCGGGCUGGCCUUGGACUCCGAGCCUCAGGAUGUGUCCGGUAACAGCGCCUCUGUAGGUGCCAGCGGUUCUUCUCUGCCAUCCAGAUUGGAUUCAGCCCCCCAUACGUUAGAUCCUCCUAGGGCUUCCAUAAGCAGUGCAGAGCUCUUGGAACUGGGAGACAGCCUUAUGAGACUGGGCAACAUUACCAGCCAUUAUACACCUUUUGACAUGAAUUCCUACCCUGAUGCCUUGGGUAACGCCUUCACUCCUAGUGACCCAGACUGCUUAGACCCUUCCACCAAUGCCAACCUGAUUGGCAACAUCAUGGCCUGGUUUCAUGAUAUGAACCCACAGAGCAUUGCGCUGAUCCCCUCAGCCACCUCGAAUGCCAGUCCAGAGUUGCCCGGUUCUAGAGAGGGACACGAACAACCUUCCAAAUCCCAGGAGGAGGAGGUGGAUUUAAGGAGGACUGAGCAAUGUUCCCCAUCUCUAACAAAAGAAAGUACAAAUAUGUCACAGGUUUUGGAGCUGGAAUGUGCGGAUGAUCAACAACCACCUUCCUCAAGUAGAACCAGACCCUGAAGAUUUAUGUGAUAGUGUAGAACACUCUAGCAUCGUUCCCAAUUCCCCAAGAAACCGACAUGUCCUCAGAGUGGGAAGAACAAGUGCACCUAGUGUAAGGAUUUAAUCCAGUUAUGUUUACCAACUGAGUGCUCUUAUUGUGCCAAACACUACAUGAAAGCAAAACUGAUUCUGCAAAAACAGGACGAACGCCGUAGGCUUAGAUGGGGCUCUGUAGCGCAUUACAUCUAGUGGAAGAGUAAAUGUAGUCAGGUUCAAGCUGAUGAAAGUAGAUGGGAUGACAGUGAGAGUGUGAAUGUUGCAAAGUAUUAAGGCAAGCAAGGUCACGUUGGCCCUCUCCAAAAAUCUUCCUUUGAUUAUUAUGAGCGAAGACUCCAUUUGUAAUGGAAAAGUUCGAUUAUUGAAAGUGUGAUUUAAUGAUUUAUUGAUUGAUCCUUUCUGGGGAAAAAGAAAUGUUUACAGUAUGUACAGAUGAAAAUGAUUGAUAGGUUUAAUUGAGAAUGCAUCAAUUACAUAUUUCUGGGCUCUUACAUUUACUGUGAAACAGUGUGUAAAGUCAAGCCCCCAUUUUAGGAGGAACUGUGUGUUUUAUAUAUUUUAUUUUUAGUCCUCUUAUUUAUCAAUGCCAAUCUGUGGCUGUUUGAAGACACUAAUUUUCCCUCUUUGUUAAUCAUGCCAUAUUAAAUGCAAGUUAAUUUAUGCAUAUUGCACAACGCACAUUUCAAAUGUUAUAUGGGAAGGUAUAUCUAAAUCAGUCUGUCCAAGAGUUCAGCAGUGCAUUAACAGAAUGCCUUGCGAUCACUUUUAAAUCACAACACUUGAUGAGAAUUUACACUCCUGAAAAUGUGAUUUUAUUACGUUUAGUACCUUAUCUAUAGUGACUACUAUGAACAAUAUAUCUGAUAUCCUGUAUUAUAUAUUUCAUUGGGCUCAUGAAUAAUUGAGAGAUAUGCAUUAAGGCACUCCAGGGGUCUUAUUGUACAACACAGAGAUGUAAGAACGGUAAUGUUUGUGAUUUAGUUUGUGCAGAAACAUGAAAAGUAAUGAUCUUAAACAAAAAAAGUCCUCCUGGUCUGCUAUUGUACUUACAGUUUGGCCAAAGUAAUCCUGCACCAUGAAGUAUUUUUCACAGAUGCUGUGGUGUAAUUUUGUGUUUAAUUUUGCUCAAUCCUCAUCCCUCUGACAAACAUGCAGUAAACAAGGCACUUUUAAUUAAGAAAUAUUCCAGGAUAAAGGCAACGCAAAUCUUAUUAGCAACAUCUUUGGCUUGUUUUGACUAUUUAAGAAAACCAAUAAAGUUGCUUUUUUAUCCAGAAUACAUUUGACGUAAUGACAGUGGUCAUUAAGUACUGUAAGUUCAAAUGUAAUUUUUUUUAAGCCUGUUGCAGUUACAAAAUUCUUUGGAAAGGGGAAUGGUUUAUUAUUUUGUUUAUUAUUAUUAUUAUUAUUAUUAUUGUGCUAUGCUCAUCAGUGUGCCUUUUCUCUAUGUUUGUUUCCUAAUCGCAGUACUGUUUGCUGUAUUAAUCAACUAAAAUCAGCCUGAAAAGUAUGCAUUUCUUUCUGCUUUGAGCAUCUUUGAUAAUGUUCAUCAGUCCCAUGUCUUGUGCAGUGGAAGGGUUGCCAUGAUUUGAUCUUGGGCGAGUAAGGGAAUGGGUAUUGCCAAUUUGAAGUGAGUCAUUGCAUUCAGUUUGGCUUUUUGUUUUCUUGGAAAAAAUG